CGAAAAUGAUUUCACUAUGGCAGGGUGUCAUGCCCUGGAUACGCAGAAGAACCGAUUUUCGUAUUUUUGUAAUUUUCGAUUUACAGUAUUCUCUCGCUGGACAGAGUAUAGUAACUAUUGCAUAUAAAUUAUAGUAUGUUAUGUCGAAUAGUUUGAAAUGUUUCAAUACCAAAAUAACGAUUAACCCACUUAACCUAAUCUACUAUUAUAUAGGUAGUAUUAUGCAUGUUUAUAUCAUUAUGAUUGUUUAUCGGACCAUAUUUUACCAUGGGAAAAAAUUUUAAAAUUCAAUUUAUUUUUGUAAUAUUAGGACGAGAAUUUGUUGUAUUCACAUUCUUGCACGACUACUGCACGCUUAUAAAUAUACACCGGGUUUCCUGUACACUCAUUAGUCAUUAGGCGUUCAUUACCAUACAAACUUUAACACGUUAAAUGCGAACUGUGCUAAAUAUUUUACACUAAAUUUGAGGCCUCUGUAGUAAUAACAAUAGUACACGGAGCCGUUGUACAGCCAGACUGCAGACUGUUCUCCCUCUCUCUCUCUCUCUCUCUCUCUCUGUUACACCUUCUAUGUUAUACCUGACGUUGAGAGUCAUUUAAAGUUUAUACGACAAAAGACUCUUUGCGCGGCGACAAGCUCUCGGAUCAUAACGAUCAAAGUGACGAAAAUGUAUAAGUAACAUUAAUUGCACAUCAAAAGCAUAUAAAUCAACCAGUGUUGCAAACAAUUCUAAAAUAUAUAUUUUUAUAUAUUAAGUACAACGUAUAAACUUAUAAUAUUCAGAAUGAGUCCAAACGCCACAGACUCGAGUACCAUACUCAGGGAGGAGAGAAAAAUGCCCAACGGUUGUGCAAAUGGAUGGUCGAGCAUGUCGGAUUCAGCUGAGGAGCAGUGUUGGAAAGGUCAAGCGUUUCUCAAAAUCAACGAAAUCGUCGGCAUGGUCAAGUACUACAGUUUGCGGGCAUACAUAAUAUUUUGGCACGAGCUGUCGAUGAACCCUAGGGUGAGGAGCAGUCCAUUCAGUCCGCCGCCCGCCGACGAAUUGGUCUUGUCAGCUGACGAAAUAUUCUCUACGAGGCGCCGACGUUUAUUCUUCACAAGCAUCCACUUGCUGGCUCUCGCCGGUCUUUACUUCUGCGUCACGGGCCAGGUGAAGCUGUACACCGUACUGUUCGCGCUCGCGGUCGGCAUCAUGUCGUCGAUCGGCGUGACGGCUGGCUCGCACAGGCUGUGGUCGCACCACGCGUACAAGGCCAAGCUACCGCUGCGCAUCAUCCUGGCGCUGUUCCAGACGGUGGGUGUCCAGUACAGCAUUUACAACUGGGUGCGCGACCACCGGCUGCACCACAAGUACACGGACACGGACGCGGACCCACACAACUCGAACCGCGGGUUCUUUUACUCGCACGUCGGCUGGGCGCUCAUGUUGCCGCACCCGGCGUUCGAGUCCAAGGUGUCGUCGGUGGACAUGACUGACAUGGAGUCGGACUGGGUGGUCAUGUGGCAGUACAAGCUGUACGCGCCGCUGGCCGCCGUUCUGUCGUAUGUGUUGCCCACCGUCGUGCCGUGGUGGCUGUGGGGCGAGGACCUACUGGUCGCGCACCUGGUGGCCGCCCAGCUCCGGCAAGUGCUCACGCUGCACUCCACGUUCCUCAUCAACAGCGCUGCGCACAUGUGGGGACUCAAGCCGUACGACAAGAACAUCAACCCCACCGAGAACAUGUUCGUCUCGGUGGCCACGUGCGGUGACGGUUGGCACAACUAUCACCACACGUUCCCCUGGGACUACAAGAACGCCGAGCUGCUCGACUACAAGCUGAACCUGUCCACGCUGUUCAUCGACGCGUUCUCGCUGAUCGGAUGGGCGUACGACCUGAAGACCGUGCCCGCUGAACUGGUGAACAAGCGGGCCCUGCGCACCGGCGACGGUACGCGCAAGCAGCCGGCUACAGACUCGGCGACGGGCCACGGCGACGAUUUAAAAACGGUGCCGGCAGCGUGCACUAACGUGUACGGCUGGUCAGACACCGAUAUGCCCGACGAGGACCGCCGAAUGGCUCAAAUAUACAAGAAAAGCGAUUAGUGCGGGUUGGGUGGUCGUCGUUCUGUGGUCGAGGGAUGGAUGGGG